AUGGCUUCAACAUUAUCAUCUCCCUCAUUAUGUCAACAAUCUCAAUGUGAUGCAUAUCAAUUUACUAUCUGUCGACAUUGUCAAUUAUUUCUUUGUAUAAGACAUUUAGCUGAACAUCAACAACAAUUUCCAAGUGAUUUUCAACGUUUAUUAGAUGAUGCACGAAGACAACAAGCACAAUUAGCAUCAUUUGAUAAACGAUUAACUGAACAACGUUUAAAAUUAAAUCAAGCGCUUGAUAAUGAAAUGGAACAUUUUAGACAAUUAAAUGCUUAUGUACAAUCAAAAACAUCAGUAUCAAAUAAUAUUGGACCAGAUGAUUUUGUUAAUAUGCGUUCAUGUCUUGCACGAUUACAACAAACAGCCGCCUUUUUACCCGUUAUUGAUAAAAUUGGACAAUUGAUUGGUGAACACGAAUCAGCAACAGCUACAAAUACUAGUAAUGCUCCAUUUAAUGAUGAAAGUUUAUAUGGUACAUUUGGUGAUUCACGGUUAUUUUUAAUAUCGAAUCUUAAACAAGACCAAAAUAAUAAAAAUGAUCGAAAUCGUUCAGACAAUAUUUCAGAUCUACUAAAUUCCUCUUCUAUUUCCUAUUCAAAUCAAGAUCUUUUGUCAUCAAACAUCGAAAAAGUAACAGAAAAUGAUGAUGAACUACCAGAAAUUGAAACUAAUCAACCUCAUAAUUCAUUAACGGUUCGAGAAUUAAAAACUUACAAAUGUGACUAUUGUCCAUUAGCAACAAAUACUUAUGGUAUUGAACGACAUCAUCAAGUUCGUCAUAUACCAUGUAUACGUCGUUCAAAUUCUCAAAUAUCAUUAUUUGAACAUCUUAAACAAUAUCAUUAUUUAAAUUAUGCAGCAUCAAUGCAAAUUGUUCGUCUUGUAUCAUCCGGUGAUCUUGAUGAUCAUCCAACAUUAUUUUCAUCAGCUAAUGAAUCAUCAAUUGUUUCAAUACUUCCAUCAUUUUUUCGUGCACCAUGUCCAUUAACACGACAUAAUGUAUUUGGUCUUGGACCAAUGCAUGGUAUACGUUUAUGUUCACCAUCAGUUGAACAACAAGAUUUUGCAUUAUAUGAUCAUUUUCUUGCAUAUCAUCAAUUAAAUCGUGCAAGUGCUAUGAAAUUAGUUAAAGCUAUGAUGAAAAAUGAAAAUUCUAGUCAACGUAUAUUAUUUCGACCUGAUGAACAAGUUUUAAAUGAAACAGCAUAUGUAUCAUGUCCAUUAAGUAAUUAUAAUGCUGUUUUACCACAUCAAGAACGUAUACCACAUACACCAUGUCAAUCAACAGUUAAAUUACGUUAUUUAACUGGACAUUUACGUGAUGUACAUCAUUUAAAUAAAACAGCAGCUAAACGUAUUGCAUCAGCAUUACGUAAUGAACAAGGAACAAUUGAUAGUAGAUCUAUUGGAUUAUUUGAAAGAGAUGAAAAUAUUCUUAAAUCAAAAAAGAAAAAGAAUAAUGCAAAUCGUUUUCGACCACCAGCACAAUUAGCCAAAUAUGUUCAGCAAAAUAAUAAUCAUAAUCAACAACAACCUCCACCACCUAUAUGGCAGUUAGUUUCAAAUACAAAAAAAUUACAAACGAAUCAAAAUGCAUCAAAAGGUUCUUUUACGUGGCAGCAUACAACAGUUACAGUUACAGUUACACCUGAAUCAACUACAAUAGUUGAAACUACACAAAAACCAAGUAAAACAACUAAAAAACGGCACAAAUCAUCUAAAUACGGCAAUAAACGAAGACGUCCAGGAUACGGUACCAUGAGUGAAAAUGAUAGAUCAUCAUUGAACUCAUUAAAUGUUUGGAUUGCCUUUGGUGAGGGCUGGUUAGUUGAUGAAACACCAAGAUCUGGUGGACGAGGACGUGGUGAUCGUCGAAAUAAUGCAAAUUAUAAUAACGAAAUGGGUGAUGAAGAUACCGAUGAUGAUUAUAAGAAAGAAAAUAAUGAUAAACAACGUGCAUUUUCACGUAUACGUUUUCCAGUUCGUCAUUUUCCAAAUUAUCGUCAAUUUCCUAUUACACGUUUUCCACCACUUAUGUCAAUUCUUCCAUGGCUUCCAAUCUUUUAUGAUAAAGUUACUUAUCAAACAAUUAUUUUUUCACCAACAGGCGGCAUUUAUAUUUUACCUCCAUUGAUCAAUUUCUAUGGUCAACGUUUUGCUGUUGCUCAACUUAUCAAAUGGGGAUAUGCUUCUUUAGUUAGUACAGGUGCACCUCCACCACCUAAUGUUGAUGUAGCUUCACUUGUUCAACCAUCACAAGUUGUCAAUGUUGCUAAUACAGCUCCUACACCAGGCCUUGCUUUUGAUGAAAAACGAGUACAAUUUACUGAUGUUGAAGGUGAAGAUGAUACUUAUGACCCACCAUUUAACAAGAACUAUGGUUCGGAUUCAAAUUAUGAUACAACAAGUUAA